AUGGCGGUGCCGCUGCUGAAUAAGGCUAUCGUGAAGAAGAGGGUCAAGCAGUUCAAAAGGCCCCAAAGCGACCGCAAGGUCUCUGUCAAGACCAAUUGGAGGAGACCAAAGGGUAUUGAUUCUCGUGUAAGAAGAAAGUUCAAGGGAUGCACUUUGAUGCCCAACAUUGGUUAUGGCUCUGACAAGAAGACUCGCCAUUAUCUUCCUAAUCAUUUCAAGAAGUUUGUUGUGCACAAUGCAAAGGAACUUGAGCUGUUGAUGAUGCACAACAGGACCUACUGCGCGGAGAUUGCACACAAUGUGUCCACGAGGAAGAGGAAAGAAAUUGUUGAGAGAGCAGCCCAGCUUGAUGUUGUUGUUACCAACAAGCUGGCCAGGCUACGCAGCCAGGAGGAUGAAUGA